AUGUUUCGAUAUAAUCCAGAAGAAGCAGGCGCUUUUGAAGGAGAUAUUAUACUUCCGCCAAGAACUCGUGGUGUUGGAGAGAAAGUUAAGGCAGCAAGAUGGACAAAUGGCAUCGUACCAUAUAUGAUGAAACCUGGUGACUUCAACGCAGGACAAGAGGCAGUUAUUGUCCAAGCAAUGCGCCGGCUUGAGCAAUCUGUAGCGGUCAACAGCAAACUCUGUGUUCAAUUUAGACCAAAAAUCGUCACUGAUAAACACUUUAUUACAAUUAAAGAUGGUGCCGGAUGUACCAGUAGUGUCGGACAGAACUGGCAUAGUGUGAAAGAACUUACCCUGGGUAGCGGCUGCAUUCAUGAAGGAACCAUUAUGCAUGAAUUACUACAUACUUUAGGAUUCUGGCAUGAACAGUCUCGUCCCGAUCGUGACAACUAUGUUACAGUUCAAUAUGCGAACGUUCAGAAAGGAUUGGAGCAUGCUUUCAAUAAAUACACAACGACUGUUGAUACACUUGGAACGCCCUAUGACUACCAAAGUCUGUUGCAUUAUGGAACAGAUUAUUUCACUUCCAACGGAAAACCGACAUUAGUACCAAAAGAUCCGUUAGCUGUAAUUGGUCAACGAAACAACCUAAGUAGUAUCGAUAUACAAGAAGUUCGACUCUAUUAUCAAUGUAUCGGUUCGUCUGGGAAAUAA